UGAAAACCCCCCCAGGAGAUUCCCGACAAACCCAAAGCUCCCGCCGUCUCCCCCGCUCCUCUGUCGCGCCGGAGGUCCGCUCCCCCGCAGCUCAGCUCCUCCGCAGCUUGCCCGCAGCGGCUCCCCGCAUCACCGGAGCUCUCCCGCACCACGCCUCCCCCACCCCACGCCUCCGACGCAGCUUCCCUCUCCUUGUUCCCCUCCUCGUUCCCCAUGGUGAUCCCCGACGAGGAGAAGACUGAUUUUUUCUUUCGAUCUGCUCGGCGGCGGCCAUUUCCAGGUCCUCCUCGGCGCUGCGACGCAGCUCCACCACCGCCAAAGCUCGCCGCCUCCUCCGCCGCUCUCUCCUGCUCGUGCAGCUCCAGCUUGCCUUCCUCCCCUAGCUUCCCCCCUUCCUAGUGACCUCCGCACUCUGCUCCGGCUGCUUCAGAUCCGGCGUCGGCGAGGCUGAUAUGGUGGCUGCGAGGCCAGACGGCGGGAGACGUAGCCGACGAGCCCGACGACAGCAAGCUCGAUGGCGAGCUCGAUGGCGGCGGAGACAUCUUCUGUACUGCGAGCUCCACCAUCCCUGCACAUACUGUACUAUGAGCUCGGCGACGGCGGUGGCGUCUUGUUGGCAGAUGUCAUGCUCAAUUUUUUGGUAAAGCUACUCGAGUUGCCAGCAAUGCAUGCAAAGCGGCAACAGUUGGCUGCUCAGUUUUUCUUGUACUGCCAAGAUGGAAGCAGAAAGUAUCAGCACAAAUCAUCAACCAAGUGCAGCAAUGGAUAUCAACAGACUGAUUGAAAUUGCAGUUCAGCAGCAGCAGAAAUGGAUACUCCAGUGACUAAAUUCAGCAGCAACAGUACCUUCUUCAGAGAGGAUCAGCAGCAACACGAAGGCAGGCAGCAACACGAGCUCCACCGAAGAGCAUGGAGCGUGGGCGAUCGUGCACGCGCACAACCGUGGUAGACACUUGGGUGCCGGCGCCGCUGGUUUUUGUUCACCGGAGGAGCCACGUGACGAGCUCCAGCGGCGGCGAGCGGCGGCCGACGACGACCAGGCCAAAUACCAAGCGAUCGAGAGGGGGAAAGUGGUCUGGAGGACCGGAAGUUGACAUUGAUUCCUUAAAACGGCUCGAGGAGGCCAGGGGAGGCGCGACGGCGUCGACCUCGUGUGGGGAAGCGGCGGCCGGAGUGGGAGGAGACGGGGCCGAUUCCAUCGAUCCACGGCUUCCCAGCAAGCCUGGAUCGAUGAUGGAGUACCUCUUGGUGAGGCGGAGUUCCUGGUCUGCUCGGGGAGGAGGCGGUCCAGCUGUGGGCGGCGGUGGGCGAGGUGGGGCGGCGGCGCUUGGGCUGCGUAGGUGGGCGGCGGUGGUUGCCUCCUUCGCAUGUGGGCGGCCGCGGCGGCGGCGUAGUAGUUGGGAGGCGCACGUGGUGGGCGGCGCUGGACCUGACGGUGCCUCACGACGGCGGGCGACGGCAGCUCGCGGUGGCGUGUCGAGGGGAAGGAGAAGGGUCGGUUUGCAUCAGAUUUAAAAGCCCAAGGGGUUUUUUGUAAAAAAAUUGAACUAGGCGUGGACAACUUUUCCCGGACGGAGGGAGUACAUGUGAGCUUCUUCGUUCAAGAAAAACUUUUGGUUCUUAAAUCAUCAUCGAUCUCCUUUUUUCUGGUCAAAAAUUUUGCAAUCAAACUUGAAGAGCAAGUCCACGUUGGCCAUUUGUCGUGUAUUCUAUCAUCAGACUUGACAACUGCAAGCUGAACUUUUCAGAGCACACACGCAACAUUCAGUCUAAUGUAGUACAAUCCGCGUUCCUGAUUACUGGCCGGCUAGCUGCCGUGUGCCGUGCG